UGAUCGGCUGAGAGCCACAUUCGUAUCGGAUCACUUCAGAAGCUUAUACCAUGAAAAGCCCAAUUUUCAUUACUCUGUGCCUCCUGGCAUUUGUGGUCCUAACUGAAGCCCAAGUCACAAGACCCCUUUGCCCGUGUCAUAGAAUUUAUUUACCUGUCUGCGGAUCGGACCACGUCACCUACAGCAACAUAUGCGAACUCAGAUGCGCAGCGAAAGUUAUGAUGAUUAAAGUGGCCAAGAAAGGAAGAUGCUAGUAUCAUAUAAUAAUAAAUGUAGAUACAAAACAAUUUCAAAAAUGU